GGUAGGGCAAGUUUAAGAGGAACUUUUCUGAAGGAGCUGGGGGACGUUUCGGGCUGAAGGUGAUGGUAGUUGGAAAAAGAAAGGACUCUUCCCUGCUUUGAAGUACCAGCCCAGCCUUGCAUAGUUCCAAGCUCAUGGCUGGAAGUCCAGUGCCCCCUAGGAGGAAGGUGGUUGAGGAGACACGGCUGGUGUUGGAAGCGUUCUUGCAAGGAGCAUUAAACAGAGGAGAGGAUGGGGCCCCAGGUCAUGUGGGUCGUGGCUACCAUGACCCCCAAAGUUACAUGUCCAGGUCCCCUGUGGAACGUUUUCCAGAAUGUCCUGCCUGCAGCCCUGUCCAUGAAGCAAAUAACUGUGUGGAAGGGAAAAAACAUGGUUUCCGCACCAGCAUUAAGCACCUGUUGCAGAAGCGGUCCAGUGCUCGAGGAUUCUCAGACAAUCUGCCCUCCACUGGAGACCCUUUAAAGAAAUCUAAGCCAGGACCUGAAGGGACCCACCGCAAGCGCCACUUCUCCUUCAAGGGCCUCCUGAAGAAGAAGACUGCUUCAGCAGAGAUAACUGACUCCAAUGCUCUCCCCAGGCGGCCUGAUACUUUGCCUCUUGCCACCUGCUAUUGCAAAAAGCAGGCAGCUGAACCAGAAGAUGCCCAGAUAACAGGCAAUGGUGAAGCUGAGGAUGCUGAGUUUUAUACUUUGGUGGCUCAGAAACUAGAUUACUAUGUGAAACACCAACAAAGGAUCAGCCCUAUAGCUGCAAAAAGCUCAGUUUCUCCCAAAGAUCCAAACGCUACAAUUUCCACAGACAUAAUCUCUGACAAUUCAGUUGCCUUGGAAAAAGUGCCAGAACAAUUGGAUGAGAAACAGAAAGAACAAAUCCUUCAGAAGUUGGUUGCCCUUCUGGAAGAGCAGGCUACCGUCUUCAAUAAAAAGAUUGAAGCUGACCCACUGCUACGCAACACUAUCUCCCGCCUCUCCUACCGUAGCUUUACUCACCUGGCUGAAGCCUUCACAUCACGAACCUCACCUGGAGUCUCUAGCCCUCAGCUAGCCAAGCUAGCCCUUACCAUGGAACUAACACGGAAAGUGGCUGGCAUCAACAGCCAUGCAGUACAUACCCUCAUGGGCUACAGUUUGCAGUAUAUGGAUAUGUUCAUACCUUGGCUGCAGCAGCAAGGUGGCUGGGAGAACAUUGUAGCCCAGGAGGAGAUAUUUGACUUGCAACUUGACUGAACCAACUUCUGUGCACCAGUGGCUAUGCUCUUAUGAUGAAUCUUGUUUGCAGAAGACUAAGUGCUGGGUAGAGCUGCUAGCAUCUAAAGAUCUUUGUGUCUUUCCACCUAAGCUAAAUCCAAAGGGACUUUUUUUUUUUUAGUAGCCAUUACUGGAGCUAAUUCUGAGAUAUUAAGAAUUAGCAGAAACCAACUCUAAUCCUCUGUAUUUGGAGUGAAUUGCAAAAUUUGACCACAGUAUGCCAUAUUUUGUUCUCAAGUAUUCCUGCAGAAGUAUGAAGUAGUUACUCCCUCAUAAACCUUCCAGCUGUUAAAAUAUUUCUGAAAGGCUACCUUUCAGAGAUGCCUGCCAUCAGAGGCAAGAAAAGUGAUGCCCUUGGUGACAGCCUCUGUUCUUCCAAGUAAGUCUUACUGAGGAAGGCUUAAUUUUUUUUCCACCCAAGAUGAACUUUCUUUCCUCAGAUUAUAUACUUGAGAUUAAAUAGAUAUACUCCUAUUUUAUUUUAUCCCUAUUUUGAGAUGAAUGGAUGGAAAUUUUGUGCCUUUGCUUUGUUUUGAAUGUUUUGUUCUGAGGUGCUCUGAGAAAUUUUGGGAUUUUAGAACAAGAAAAAGAAUUUCUAUGCGAAACUGACUUGAAGGAGACUCAUAUUAAUUUCAGUGGGACUAAGUUCUGUAUAAAUAGUGGGAGAAAAGAAGUUUAAUAACAAACUCAGGGAUAUGGGAGCAUGUUUGUUUAACGGCAAUAGCUUUCCUGAAGUACUGUGAUUUAUUUUUUUAAAUAAAAAUUUAAAGAUCCUUA